AUGGACGGGGGCCCGGCCAGGAGAGCGCGGGCUCGGGCUGGGUCCGCGAGCUGCUCACACGCACAGCAGCCGGGCCGCGGGAGCCGCCAUUACAGGCCGGCCGGUGCCAGGCUUCAGUCACCUCAGAGCGGGAGCCAGCCGCCGCCGCUUCCGGCUCCGGGAGGAGACCGGGAGGCUGCGCCCCCUGCUGCGACGGAGGGGAACUACAGCCCUAGGCCGCCACUUCCCAAGCGGCGGCGGGCCAGCCGCGGGCGCUUCCGCCUCGGCCCAGCAGGGGGCGCGCUGGGGACGCGGGAGCGGCUGCCGGGCGGGUGGCUGCGGCCGGCAUCGGGCCGCCAUGGGGCAGCCGGGAAGGCGGGGUCGCCGCACCUACUCGCACCCGGUGCACGGCAGAGCAGCCUGCGGCCGCCGUCGUUCCGGGGGGCCCGGGUGCGCCGCCGAGGGUGGAGGCGAUGCAGGGCGUGCGGCCUGGCCAGGAAACCUCUCCGCCGCCUGCUGGCAGUUGUUGUUAGUGCAUUGGAAGGAAAAGAUUGCAAAGAAUCUGUGAGGGCGAUUGCAGAAAGCGUUGAUCUGUCAGAAGAGCAGCUCACUUCCCUCAUCUCUGGCAUGUAUACUCUCCUCAGAGAGGCCCUGCGGCUUCCCAUAUCGACUUUCAAACAAGAAGUUUUUAAGGAAGAUCUCCAGGAGCUUAGGAUACCAGAAGAGUUCAUCAUGGACUUUGCUAGUGUGGUCUUUGGUAACAGGCGCCCUGUUGUUGAAGCCACAACUAUGAAACAAGGAAAUAAGCUGCCAAGUGUUAAUGACAUUAAGUGGAGAGUGGAUGUGGCUAUAUCCACAAGUUCACUGGCCCGUGCAUUGCAACCGUCCAUUUUAAUGCUGCUGAAGCUUUCGGAUGGGACAGCUCAUCGCUUUGAAGUGCCAGUUGUAAAGUUCCAAGAAUUAAGGUACAACGUUGCCCUGAUAUUGAAGGAAAUGAAUGAUCUGGAGAAAAGAAGCAUUCUGAAAAUCCAGGACUGAACACUUCCAAACUGCAAAUUAAUAGAACCAGUUGGAAAACUUGAAAGAGAGUUGUGAAAUGCAAAAUAAAGAUCCAGCACCAUUUUGCAUGUAUCAGUAUUGUAACGUAACAUUUCUAACAUCUGCUGUAAAUAUUUUUCAAUUAAAGUGUUAAAAGCCUC